AGACAUUGCACAAUGAUGGAUGGAUUAGGAAGAACUUUCCUCUUAGCGAGGCACCGAACAAAGGAACAUUGUCUCGUUGUAAGUCUUUGGUGAGCGGGACACCAUGCAGGAUCCUCCAUCAGUAGUACGUCAAACAGGAGGAGGGAGUCAGUGGAAGACGUUCUCAUAAGAAUAUCACCUCCUUGGCAUUUCAGGUUCCACGCCCCGCGUUAUCCCCACCGUGCUCCCCCAGUGCCCGCCUUUGUUCGCAUCACAACAAUCCCACAACAGAUGGUGCUCUGCUUGGGAAUCGAGUGUCAGCCACCGGCUAGCAACCAAUCGCCUGCUCGCGAAUCAGCUGACUCGCCUGGACAGCGCCAGGUGCUGUCAUCUAAUUUUCCUUGGCGACGCUGCACGGGCUCCACAGUAACAAGGAGACACGGCGGAUGGGAGCCAGUCAGCAGAUUCCCGUUGCAAGGAUCCAUGCAAAACCUGACCAUGCGUUUGACGAAGGUUGCACAUGAAUAUUCGCGGAGUGGAUGUAAAGAAACAAUGCCACUAUAAAGCAGUUCAAUAUAUGGAACUUAUGAGCGACCUGAUGGUAUUUAUUAUCCAUGGAUUUUCUUUCCUUGCUCAUUCGCAAGAACAUAGAUACCGUUUCUAGAAACUGAAAGUGCAUGAAGCAGUCGGAGCGGAGGGAGGACUUCGAUGCCAUUUGGAGCGUGUAGGCUGGCAAACCAAAGAGGCACGCGCAUAAGGUCUGGUUGGCAAUACAGAAAUGUGAUUUGCAUCUCAAUGUCCAGGCACUCCAGCAGAUGUUCCGUUGCUUACUCAUUCGAAAAAAAAGAAGCCACAACUUCCCUAGGAAAGACAAUAAACACGGGAAGACGUCUUUUAGUCAGGGAAGGAUGUAUAAUGAGGUUUGAGGAGGGGGUUUGUAUUGUCCCUUGUUGCAGCUGUUGCGUCUGUUGCGGAAGUUGUUUUCUGGCAUUUGAAGAGAAGCGUCCUCAUGAGCAACAACAAGGCCAACUCCCCAGUCCAAGGUUCAUGCUGUAAGAAAGUGUCAAACCUGUGAAGAAGUUUCAAACCUAUAUGAGCCCAUGGGAACUAUGCCCUUUUAAAUCUUUUGGAAGCUCUUUUGACUCUGCUUUUUUACAAGCUGUCAGAGGGAUAAAAGGGUUAUUCUGCAACACUUCUAUUGAAUGAGAAUCUCACCUAACCAUCUUUUUGGCGCUAUUGGAAUUCCAGCUCAGAUCUGAGAAGAUAAACACUUACAGUCAGAAUGGCAAGAGGGACUUUCUUUUUUGUUUUGCAGGGCCAGAUUUGUUUCUUCCUGCUUCUGGCUUCACUUGGCCUCUCUUCAGUUCAGAGUACAGAAUGUCCGCCGCUUUGUGUGUGCGAGAUCCGGCCUUGGUUCACACCCCAGUCCACUUACAGAGAAGCAACUACUGUUGAUUGCAAUGACCUUCACCUUACACACAUCCCUGGGAACCUUUCAGCUGACACGCAGGUGUUACUUCUGCAAAGUAACUACAUUGCCAGAACUGGUGAGGAACUGGAGCAGUUAUUGAAUCUCACAGAACUUGACCUGUCCCAGAACAACUUCAGCAACAUCCAGGAUAUUGGCUUGACCAACAUGUCACAACUCACAACGCUUCACCUGGAAGAGAACCAAAUAGUCGAGAUGCCUGACUUCAGUUUGCAAGAUCUCACCAAUCUACAGGAGCUGUACAUUAAUCACAAUCAGAUCAGCUCCAUUGCACCCAAUGCCUUCGCUGGAUUGCGUAACCUUCUGAGACUCCACCUGAACUCCAACAGACUCAAGGCCAUUGACAGUCACUGGUUUGAAUCAACCCCCAACCUGGAGAUCCUGAUGAUUGGGGAAAAUCCUGUGGUCGGCAUCCUGGAUUUGAACUUCAAACCUCUCACCAACUUGAGAAGUCUGGUCCUGGCAGGAAUGGAGCUCACUGAUAUCCCAGGCAAUGCAUUCAUUGGACUAGACAACCUAGAGAGUCUCUCCUUCUAUGAUAAUAAACUAGUUUGGGUGCCACAGACUGCUCUGCAGAGGCUUCCAAACCUGAAAUUUCUGGAUUUGAACAAGAAUCCAAUUCAUAAAAUUCAAGAGGGUGACUUUAAGAACAUGCUGAGGCUGAAAGAACUUGGCAUUAACAACAUGGGAGAACUUGUGUCCAUUGAUCGCUUUGCCCUGGAUAACCUCCCAGAGCUGACUAAACUCGAAGCCACAAACAACCCCAAGCUUUCCUACGUUAGCCGUUUAGCAUUCCGUGACUUGCCAUCACUUGAGAGUCUAAUGCUCAAUAACAACGCUCUAAACUCCCUCUACCAAGCAACGACAAAUUCCCUGCCAAACCUGAGGGAGAUCAGUAUCCAUAGCAACCCGCUGCGCUGCGACUGUGUAAUUCAGUGGAUGAGCUCAAGCAAGACAAACAUUCGAUUUAUGGAGCCUCUUUCCAUGUUCUGCGCAAUGCCACUUGAGGUUAGAGGUCAGCGUGUGAGAGAGGUACUUACUGGUGAAUCUAAAGGCCAGUGUCUGCCAAUGAUUUCUCAUGACACAUUCCCCAAUCAUCUCAACCUUGAUAUUGGGAUGACAGUAGAUCUGGACUGUCGUGCUAUGGCUGAGCCUGAACCAGAAAUAUACUGGGUGACCCCAUCUGGUAACAAAGUCAUGAUGGAUACAGUAUCCGAUAAAUACCAACUUAACAGUGCAGGAACUCUGCGCAUAUACCACAUUCAGGUGGACGACUCUGGCCACUACACCUGUGUGGCUCAGAAUACAGAAGGAGCGGACACUCGGGUGACCACCAUUCGAGUCAACGGGACUCUUCUGGAUAGCACCCAGCUUAUGAAGAUCUACGUGAAACACACAGAGUCCCACUCAAUUUUAGUGUCCUGGAAAGUGAACUCCAAUGUCAUGAUGUCCAAUCUAAAGUGGUCAUCCGCCACCAUGAAAAUUGACAACCCUCACAUCACCUAUACGGCUAAAGUUCCUGUAGAUGUUCAUGAGUACAACCUCACACACCUUCAGCCAGCCACUGAGUAUGAGGUCUGUCUCUCAGUCUCCAAUAUCCACCAGCAGACCCAGAAGUCAUGCGUUAAUGUCACAACCAAGCAUGCUAUGUUUGCGGUGGAGAUCUCUGAGCAAGGCACCAAUACGGCUCUGGCGGCAGUCAUGGGCACAAUACUGGCCAUCAUUUGUCUGGGCUCAAUUACUGUAUACAUUGCAAAGAGAUGGAAGAGGAAGAACUACCACCACUCCUUAAAGAAGUACAUGCAGAAAACCUCCUCCAUCCCCCUAAAUGAACUCUAUCCUCCCCUCAUUAACUUAUGGGAGGCAGACAGUGAAAAGGACAAAGACGGCUCUUCAGACACUAAGCCAACGCAGGUGGACACAACAAGAAGUUAUUACAUGUGGUGAAGCUUGCCAGACAUUUUUUCUUCUUUAGAGCACAAAGACACAUCUUUGCUUAUUUGUGCUUAACAAAGACAUGGAUUUCCUUUUUUAUGCUUUGCUUACUGCAAGCAUCUAUUCAGACUGAUAUCUCUGACUUUUUAUUAGAGUGUAUUGCCUUUUCCUCUUCUCUGACUUUCAAUAUGGCAGCUUUGUUUAGCUUCCGAGAUAUGUUAGUAGCUGUGCUUUUUCUUUUUGUUCAUUAUAUUUUGAUAGCACAGCAUAGAUAAUGUAAAGGAUUGACUUUGGGUCGAUUGAUGCUGUAGCACUGUAUCUGAUCCGAUAUUGGUAUGUCUUUGGCAGUAUUCAUAGAGAAUGCAUUGUUUCUUUCUCUCUUUCAUAAGACAGUUUAACUGUUGUGCACUGAAAAAUAUUAACAAAUUUGUCUUUGGACUCCAAUGUAAGCUGACAAGGUGAGUUUAGACUUGAUAGACUGUCUAUUGAAAAACGUUAGCAAUUGUUCUGUAAUGUUGUAUCAACUAUAAUUUGAACAUUUUGGAUUUUCGCAAAAGUAAUUUUUGAUUUAGAAGUUAACUUUGCAGAUUGAAGAAUUGUAAACCAGCAAUAGAAAUGUGAGUGUUAAACAAUUAGUUAGUAGAAAAAUGCUUUUUCUUUUUUAAUUACUCAGAUUCCUCUUUUUUAAUUGGGUAGAAUCUGUUAAUCACUUAAUUUUGUUGUAAUUUAGUACACAUGCAAAAUAUGUUGCAUAUUACAGUGCAAACAAAAAUAAAUUACAGUUUUGUUCAGAUAUUUUUUAUACAAUGAUUUUCAAGUCGAGUGUCAUUAUUCUAGUUACAUAUUCUGUCUCCCCCAAUCUCUCCCCCUUCUUUCUACGUAAAUGAGUGACUUAUUUUAGUCAUGGUUUAAUAGUUUUAGCAAUACAAAUACAAAAUACCUCGAUUACCAAUACCCAAUAAUGAUAGGAUCAAGAAAUACAGUUACAAAUUAUGAUUUGCCUGUCUUCUCUCUUCCUUCAGUUACUGACACCAAGCCCAAAG